AUGAAACAACCAGAAGUUAAUUUUGAGGAACAACCAGUUGUUCUUUCCUUGGAUGUAACAUUUUCAAGCCCAUUACUUAAAUCAACAAUUGACAAUCAAAGAAAGCUCCAUGAGAAUUGGUGUAAGGAGGCAGAUCUAUUCAGAAAUGCCAUUAUCACUCCUUUGGAAUAUUGUGUCAGAGAAGAAUCAAGAUUUGGAAAACGAAAGCAAGAAUAUUCUCCUUAUGUAAUUAAAGGUCAAGAAUUUAUUUACAUGAAAAAGUUAAAGAAUCUUAGUGAGGACAUGGAAGAAUGCUCCACAACAAACGAACGAUACGAUUCACCAGUGAGAGAUGGUGUUGAACAAUCCAAAAAGAAGAAACGUUUCUAUUGUGAACAAGUUGAUAGUUUGGAAGCCAUUCCAAUUGAAUUGAGAAACAGCAAAGAGUACAUGAUGGAACGUGUUAAGAAAAAUGGUUUGUAUCUUCAUUAUGCUCAUCCUAGAUUGCUGUUUGAUCAAGAAUUGUUAUUGGAAGCUAUACGAAAUAACGGAGAUGCUUUCAAAUAUGUUCCAUUUACAUUUAGAAAAGAUGAAGAAUUCUUGAAAAGAGCUCUUGAAUUGAAUGGUGAUGCUUUUAUGUUUCUUCAUGGGGAGAUGAGAAAGAGGAAAGAUUUAUUCGAUUCUGCCAUAAUAACAAGUGGAAGAGCAUUCGAACAUGCAGACAAUUCAAUAAGAACUGGUUAUUUCAAUGCAGUUCAAGCUGUGUCAAAGUACUGGAGCAAUCUUUCACAUUAG